GCUUUUAACAUAGUAAAUCUAAACUUCGCUGUGACCGGUUCGACGAAGUAAAUUUAAAAUGAUUAAGAAUUUUGUGCUUUUUGCUGCGUUGUGUGCGCUUGUUACAGGCAACACACUAUCAGUGCAAGAUUUUAUAAAAGCUGCCUCGGCUGGUGACUUCAAAACUCUACGUAAAUUUAUCAACCCCAACUUCGCAUUCGAUAAUUUCCCGGGCCAGCCUAAUUUGAACACGGACGUGGCUAGUCUACAACCAGGCCCUGGAGCUCACGUCUUCGGUCAGGCUGAGUCAAGCUUCUCUUCAUACUCCAACAACAACGGUCAGGUUUCAACUGAAAGCGGAGGCUACGGAGUCAUCAACAAGGACGGAGUUGUUAGCUCAUACAGUUUCACUCCGAAGAAUAUUGUAACUUGAAAAUAUCCCGCAAAACUGAAAGUAUAAAAUUGCUAAUUUUUUUUUCAUAGGCGAUAUGUUUAGAUUAGUUAUUUAAAUACUGUCACCAAAUAUUAUGUAAGAUUACGUACCGCACAGUUAUAUAAAAGAGAUUUAAUUGUUCUUUGAUUUUGAUUACUUAUUAUAUAUUUGAAAUUAUCGCUAUUUCUCUAUAUUUAAAUUUCUUGAGGGAUGCAUAAAAUCCAUAUAAAAACCGAAAUGUUUAAGGAAUAAAUGAAUUGAUAAUUU